UAUGCACUUCAGCGCUGGUCAGCGCUUAGCCGCGUCUCUCCUGAUGGAAACGGGAUAUGAAGUCAUGGCUGGCUAUAAUGCAACCCUGCCAGCCUAACACCACGGCAUGACUUACCUUGUCAUGUACCGGUGACUGACCACCUUGGUGGAAGAGCAGGAGGUGCGAGGCUAUCGCAUACAUGUCACCGUGACUUUUUCCAGAUCGAAUCUUUUUCAAUGUUCAAAACAUAAUCGUAGUUUGACGCGCGAAACGGAGAACUCCGCACUGCAGUCACACAGUAGGCUAUAUCACGUACUUUCAGUCGCUCUUGCAUACACAUUUUAUUACACGCGUGUUUGGUUGAUGUCUUGAGGAAAAUUCUGAAAAAGGUUUCUCUGCAUGGAAAUCAAAGUAAUAUACCUGAUGAUGACACCGCAUCUUUCCUAACAGUCAGUCAGUCAAGGGAGUUAUUAUGGAAUUAACUGCAAACGACCGAAGACAUUUGACAUAUGUAAGGAAAUAAAAUAAUAAUUUACCAAAUAUUUGUAAUUCGCCUUUUCACCAAUGCGUGCUAAAUGAAUACGUUUUUAAUGCAUCUGAAAACAGGAUCUGAAAACUUUAACAAUCGCUUUCAUGGGCUAGAUGUAGAAUAUAAGGCUAUUUUAUUGUUUGGGUAUAUCGGUUCUCUUUAAUAAUUCCAGUCGACUCCUCUGACUGUGACAGUCGUGACCAAGGUUGGACCCUCGAGCUCAACGUGCCUCUCGUGACUGACACAUCAGAAGGAAAUCUAUUGGAUUUAUUACAAAACAACCACAUCUAUCUUUACUAAAGACAGCAAGAAGUUUGGUCAGUUGAGUGGAUUUUAUUUCGUGAAUGACACUUUUUUAUUUUUACGCAUUAUAUUUUUGUGUCUUGGUGACCUGGCUGUCAUUACGCGGUAUUGAUGGACACACACAGGUUGUUGUUGCUGCCGGACCUCGCGCAGUGAUAUUUAGUAGACAUCAUGUUUCUAUGCAACACAAGUGCAAUCAAAGACUGGAGCUAUUUCCUCUCUCAGAUCCUGCCUCUGAUCAACAAGACGUCUGGCUUGGUCAAUCAGGGCAUCAUCGACGAAGCGGAGGUGGCGACCACCACCAUGGUGACUGCUCUAGAGCCGGACCUGAGCGGGAUAAGCGCCAGUCACCCCCCGCUGAACUCUAAUCACACCUCCGGGAUGGAACAUGUCUUUCAGUACUCGGAGAGUGACCUUCUGUAUACGGACAACAGGACACCAGCCCGGGACUCCAUCCCACUGCCCAAGGCCGUGCUCUACCUUGUUUGCGCGGCGCUAGUGGUGGUCGCGGUGGUAUAUGCCAUAGUGGGACACCUGGUCAAGGAUCUGGUUACUGAGUUUGUAGACUGCAGGUUGUUUGGUGGCUGCAGAGUGACCAACAGGAGUAAGAGUGAGAUAAACUGUAUCACCAACAGCGUGAACGAGAUGAGUGAGAUGAGCGAAAGGCCACAGUUGGUAGAGAUGAACUACAUUACUUGUAACCACAGUAACUGCCUGGGGGCGACUGCCCAACCAGAAGAACUCAUAGUGACCAUAGACGAGACGUUACAGCUGCCACGGGAUACACACACUGGGACCUAAAACCUUGGGCACAAUAGUCAUCUGAUAUCGGAUAAGAGGGAAAGGAAACAGCAAGUUUGCUUGGGUUUUCUUCAUAAAUGGAGCAACCUAGUCUAUCACAAACCGAUAUCCACUGUCCAUUACAGUACAGCAGUGGCAUCGUCUGAUGUUUGUCAUGAGGUUGUUAAAAUGAGGACAAAAAGUAUUGAAAAGUCUUAAAACAAAGGCGAUGGACAACUUUACAGCACUGGAUGCAAAAGUUUGACAUUGAACUGGAGGAAUAACUAACAGUUGGAGUGGACUGAUUCUUUUUCUGAAUUUCACCAUACUGUCACUCAUCAUUGUGGCUUGUUCUUGGUAAACCUUUACCUGUACACAUUGCACUCUCUAAAUGUGAUCCAAGUAUUUGACCGUGACUAAUCUCUCAUUCACACACACACACACACACACACACACACACACACACACACACACACACACACACACACACACAC